CGUCUGCAGUGUGAUUGUUGCGGUAACCUCUGUUGCGGUCGUUUCAGGUGGAGCUGCGGUCGUACCUCAGUGAACCAGAGCUGCCGGGGAUGGGCCGGAGCAGCGUAGAGUCUGAGGGGGGCUACCAGACCCUCCCAAACAAAGGUCUGUCAAGCUCAUCGUCGCAGCUGAACCAAUCCAACCAAUCCAAUAUCUCCUCCUACGUGACCCUAAGGAGAGGAGUGGCUGGCUCAGCAGGGAGGGAGAGACCUAAGAGUGCCUUGGAGCAGCUGUACUCUUCUGACCAGCAGCCCCAGUCUCUGGCCCAGGCCCCCCGGAGCCGCAUGAGUGCUGAGGAGCAGCUGGAGCGUAUGAAGAGACACCAGAGGGACCUGGUCCGCGAGCGCAAGAGGAACCUCAGCCAGGGAGAACGUCACACCACCACCCAUCGUUCCUCAUCCACUACCAGGCCUCUCUCCUCCACUGACCUGGGCUCAUGGAGGCGAGAGCAGCAGGACUUUGAUUUGCAGCAGGAGCAGAAAGCUCAGGUGGUGGAGCGACUGGGUGCCGAGGGCCAGAGCGACGAGGGGCGCAGAGAGCUGAAGGAAAGGGAGAGGAUCCAAUCAGAUGAGUGGCUCACGGUGAUGGCCACGCCCAUGAGGGGGACUGACAUGGAGCCCCUCGACUACGACCUGAACCUCAGUCGUGAGCUGUCCAAGCCCCAGAAGGUGCCUAUCUCAGAGCGCUAUGUGGAGUCAGACCCCGGGGAGCCGCUGAGCCAGGAGCAGAUGGAGGAGCGUCAACGCAGAGCAGAACGCAUAAGAAACAUCCUGGACAAAUCCAAUGUUCAGAACACACAUCCGUCGUCUGGUGUGGCUGUCCCACUGGACUUUACUGAUCUGGACCUAGCCAUGCAGCAGCAGAAGAGGAUUAUGAAUGUGUCUCACGCCUUGGCCUCUGAAGCCUCCAUCAAGAGCAAGCAGUUCACAGGUCAGCUCAUACACACACACAUGGACACGUGUAAAAACACAC